AUGGCCCUGGCCGCCGCCCUGGCCGAGCUGCACGCACAGGCCCGCUGCCCGCUCUGCCGGGGGCCCCUGCGCGCGCCCCUGACCCUGGACUGCGGCCACAACUGCUGCGGCUCGUGCCUGCAGCGGCGCUGGCAGCACCUGCAGGCGCCCCUGCCCUGCCCCGUGUGCCAGCACCCCUGUUCCCGAGAGCCCCGCGGGACCAACACGCAGCUGGCGCAGCUGGCCGACCUGGUCAGCCGGCUGCCUGGCCCGAGGCCCGAGGGACACGCGCCGGAGGCCCAAGACCAUUGCGCCGCGCACCAGCAGCCCCUGAGCCUUUUCUGCGAAGACCACCUGGAGCUGCUGUGUGACCAGUGCGGCGCCUCUGCUGCCCACCGCGGCCACCGCCUCACGCCCAUCGGCCCCGCGGCUGCUCAUCACAGGACCAAGCUCAAGGGCUACCUGGAGCCUCUGCGCAAGCAGCUGCAGGAGGCGCAGAGGGCGUGGGAGCUGCAAGACGCUGAGAGACAGGAGUGGAGAGAGCAGGUGGCCAAUCAGAGGACCGAACUGCUUUGGGAAUCGGAACAUUUGAAGCAUUUCUUGAGAAUUGAGCACGACGUCCUUGACACAGGGGUACUGAGGCAGGUGUCGAGUCAUUCCAAGAAGAUCUUGCAGGGCAGAAAGAAGCUGUCAGAGUAUCGCGCCAGCCUGCAGAGGACGCUGUGGGACAUCAUCCAGCUGUGUCUGCAGCCAGACCUGGGCCUGCUGGCCGGGGUCAGCACGGUGCACCAGCAGUGGGAUGUCAAGCUCCCUGCAACCUUCUCCUACCAGCCUGUGGAGCCCGCUUUCAUCUUACCCCCACAUUACAGUGGCCUGCAGAACAUAAUCAGCAAGUUCCAGACGGAUUUGACCCUGGAUCCCGAAACCGCUCACCCCAGUCUGAUCAUCUCCCCGGACAGGAAAACUCUGAGUUGUCGCCAGGGAAGCACAGAGCCCAUCUCGGACCCUCGGCCCAGGGCAUUCACCUCUCAGGAAGCCGUCCUGGGUGUGGAAGGGUUCGAAGGUGGCAGGCACUUCUGGCAGGUCGAAAUCCGAGGCUCGGGAAUGUGGGCCCUGGGCGUGUGCGAGGAAUCCUGGCCCAGAAAUUCUCCUGUGACACCCACCCCGGCCGACGGCCUCUGGCAGCUCCAGCAGUUCACUGGCCUUCAGCUGGACUCUCGCCGAGCACACUAUCGUGUUGGCGUGUUUCUGGACUUUGAGUUGGGAGAAGUUUCCUUUUAUAAUUUGGAUAAGAGGUCGCACAUCUCUACACUCACCGGGACCUUCACAGGAAAGCUCCUGCCCUUUUUCUGCCUUGGAUCCUCAUCCUUGAACUUCUCUAUGACUGUUGUCAGCCAGGAAUGGUGA